GCCACCGGCACUGCUACCCAAGCUGGUAUCACCAGCACAGGCGAUGCCAGGACCGGCCCGGCCCCGACCACUGCUGGCCCGCAUGGCUCCGACAUGGCCAACAAGGCCGAUCCGCGAGUCGACAGUGACCUGAACAACCGCGCCCAGUACGCCCCCGGCACGACCACCACGGGCAACGUGCACCCGCAGGCCACCGCGGGGACCGCAACCACCUCGACUUCGGGCACCUCGACGCGGGGCCCGCACAGCUCCUCGCUGCUGAAUAAGCUGGACCCUCGCGUGGACAGCCGCACGGGGGAGAAGUCCACCAAAUCCACAAACCAGUCGGGCUCGGGUGCGAUGCGCGAACCGACCGAUACGACAGGCACCGGCACCGCGGGCGGAGUAGGCUAUCAGCCUACGGUGCCGUCCUCUAGCCAGGGCACGCGGGCGGCCGGCGGUGCUAAUCCUAGUACUACCGCUACCGCCCCCGCUGACACCACCAACAAUGUUCCUACUACUGGGACUACCGGCACUGCUGGCACCGCUGGCACAACCACAGCUGGCGGUCAGUCGGCGCGCACGGGCGAGAAUGUCGGGCGCGGGGUUAAGUCGGUAGCGGCGGGGAUCCACGGGGCCGGAGAAUCGCUCCGCGGUGGACUAAACGCAGCUGUCGACUCAGCCUUUGGCCAUGAUCAGGGUGCGGCCAAGAACGCAGCCAUUGCGGACAAGGGCGAGCGAGAAAUUGAAACCGGGCGAUUUGGGCGUUCG